GCGAAAGUCAGGCAAGCACAGAAUGAAGCUACUGAGCUCCGGGAAGAAGCAGACUUGAAAAAACAAAUAGCGGAACAGAAACAAAAGUCACUAAAAGAGCCUAAAACUCUGUCAUUUAUAUUUGGCAUGAACAUUGAAGAAUCGGCAGUGUGAUGGGAUGUUCAUAUAUAAUUGUAAUCGUCUUAUCAAAAUGUAUGAGCGUGUUGGACCUCAAUUAGAAGGUGGAGUGAAUUGUAGUGGUGUAUUAGGUAUUGUUGAUGUGCCGUAUUUAGUACUUGAACCAACUCAUAAUAAACAAGACUUUGCUGAUGCUAAAGAAUACAGACACUUAUUGAAAUCUAUGGGAGAUCAUUUAGAGCAGUAUUGGAAAGAUUUAGGAAUAGUUCAACAAGGAGUCACAAAAUUUUGGGAAAACUUUGGUUAUAUUAGUCCAUUGUGGAAAGAGCCGCCCUCAAAUGAUACUAAAUAUCUCAGGAAACGAGCAAUGCAACUACCAGUCACCAUACAAUGUGAUUCCUGUUUAAAAUGGAGAGUUCUUCCAUUUUCUGCCAGUAAUUUAUUAAAUAAAGAUAUCCCGGAUUAUUGGGUUUGUGAGAUGAAUCCUGACACUAGUCAUAACAGGUGUACAGCUGGGGAACAAAAAUAUAUCACACCCCUAGGACAACUGAAAAAAGAAGCCAAGUCAUCAGAAGACAAGAAAAAGGGCUUGUUAGAGGAAAUUAGAAGAAGGGAAGAGAAACUGCAGAAAUUAGAAAAAACAACUGUUGUAACUUUAAGGAAUCAUCUUCCGAGUAGAGAACCUAGUCCAGAAGUAGAAAGACUUCGAAAACCAAAUAGACCAGUUGGUAAAGCAUCUCCUGUAGUUUCGCCAAGAGUUAUUCCAAAUAAAGAAAAAACUGUUUCAAAGCCAAUUGGGAAAGCUUCACCAGUUGUAAAUAGUAGUAGAAGUCGACCAACUCUUCCUAAAGUAGACUAUUCUUCCAGUCAUCCUACGAGAAGAACAAGCACUCCAUCUAGGAAACCUGAAAAGAUUGCAAACACUCCUACUAAAAUUGUGAAUGAAAAGAAGAUAGCAAACACGCAGAAAAGGAAACCAGCUCCUGUCUUAGAAAAAGUGAUUCCUUCAGACAGUGAGUCAGAUGAUAUUCCUACCAAAAAGAAGAAAAAUGUUGAAACAAAAGACACACAACGAAAGUUGGAAAAGAAUACCAUAGAAAGCAGUACAGAAGAAAACAUGGAAAUAGAAACUGAUGCAAGUUGUGGCAGUAGUGACAUAGAUGACAACAAUGAAG